CAAACCUCCUCUAUUUACACUUCAUACCCUAUUUCUCCUUAAUUUUCUUCCCCCAUCAUUACCAUUUUCCUCUCAUUCUAUAGUAUCCCACUUUUUUCAGUAUAUUGAGCUAAUUUACUCUUAAAAAAAAUUACUGUUAUUUGAAGAAAAUGAAAAUACUAAAAAACAAAAUUUAGUGAUAUAACAUUAUUAGUUUAUUUUUGUUAUUCAUAACCUAUUAUAAAUUUUUAUUUUUAUUUAUGUUAGAUAAAAAAUUGAAUUUAUUGGUAAUUUUAAAUAUAUUCUUGAACUCUCAAAAUCUUAAUACAUUACCCUGAACCGGGCAAGCCUUUACAUAUUGAUGAAAUAAUUGUGAACUGGUUAGUCGUUUUCUGAACCAUGAAUUGGUUUUUCUUUACACCAAGGAACCGAAAAGUAUUUACACAUUUAUUGAAAAUUCUACUGAACCAGUUUCUAUUUUUAUUGUUUACUAUAUUGAAUCAUUGAAACUGUUAGUUUUAAAGUCCAACACGUUAUUAAGAGAGAAGUGGGUUGCGAGAAUAUUGGAAUUGAAGAGGAAGUUACAAAAUAUCAAUAUAAUUAAUUAAUUGUUAAUUAUAUGUAAAUAAACCGCAGUUUGUAUAUUUUGUUGUAUAUAAUAGGUUGGUCAAAAAUGAAUAGGUGCAACAAUUUUUAAACUAUUGUGGCACAAUAGUUUCUAAAAAUGAUUUGUUCGUAACUUGUGUGGCACAAAGUGUCGGUUUAACGUGUACACUGUGUUAAACUAUUUUAAAAUUAUGCAACUUGAUAUUUUUUUUCUAAAAUUACAAAAUAAUAAUAUAAAAUUAACUUAAAUAUGCAUAAAACAAUCAAACUUAUUAAUUAUUUAUAAAAUAAUAAAUUUAAAAUAUAAAAUGAAUGUUUAAUGUUUUUCUUACAAAAUCAUUGAUCGUUAAAUUUAUGUAAUAAAAAAAUUAAUCAUAAGUUUUAUCAACUAAUAGCAAAAUCAACCUAUUUAAUUAUUUACGUGACAUGUUAGACCAUACUUGAUUAGCUAUCUGCACCAAUUUCAAAUAUAUAUAUAUUCUUUCAACUGUGGUGACUGUCUUAAGAAUGUCAAUAAUAUGUGAUAUACAAUUUAUAUUUUAUAACAUUCUCCAUUUUCCAAAAGAAAAAAAAAAUUCUCUUAUAACUUUCUUUUGAUAUUAAUUUUCGUAAAUUUUUUAGUUCCAUAAAUAAAUUAUCAUCAAUUAUAUAUGAAUGCAUAUCAUAAUUUAAAGAGACCUCAAAGUAUUAUAAGUUAUAACUAAAAAUGUAUACCCAAUAUUACUUUAAUUUAAAAUUUAUCUAUUUUAUUUAUCUAUAAACAUUAAUAAAAAUAAAGUUAAAAUGUGUUUUUGACUUUUUAAUAAAAAUUCAAAUUAAAAAAUUUAUAAUUAAAAAACUAUAAAAAUUUUUUAUUAUAUAUAUAUGAAUCAAGGGCAUAAAAGUUCUUUUGUCUUUUAAUGAAGUAGAUAUUUUUAUAAAUGUAUUUUUAGUGAAGAUAAACAUGAAUAAUGUUAACAACCCUUAAGUGGCUUGCCCUUUGGACUGUUUUAGUGACACAUAAGUUAAUCAUUUAAAACAUUAUUAAAAUGUUGUUGUCACUGAUGAUGAAAUGAUUCAUAAGAACUUUCCUACUAGUUUUAAUGGAAGACAAGAUUAAGAACUUCCUAAGCAUGUGCGGUAAAAAGACUAGUUGAAUGCAAAAAGUCAACAUUUUAAAAGUCAAACUAAUCGGUCUGAGACACCAAAUAAUUUUUCCCUUUUCUUUUUGUUUAUAAAUGUUUUGGUCAAUACUAGCUCGUCGACAAAGAUUCAUUUCGAUUCCCAAACCAAACAAGAAGACCACAAAUUAGCUCGAAAGAAACAAACUCUUUUGAGAAAAUAAUGGAUCCGUCGGAGUCUUUCGCCGGCGGCAAUCCUUCCGACCAACAGAACCAGAAACGUCAGCUUCAGAUCUGUGGUCCUCGUCCCGCACCUCUCAGCGUCAACAAAGACUCCCACAAGAUCAAGAAACCUCCUAAACACCCUGCUCCUCCGCCUCAGCACCGCGACCAAGCUCCGCUCUACGCCGCUCGAGAGCCGGUGGUUAUCUACGCCGUUUCCCCCAAGGUCGUCCACACCACAGCCUCGGAUUUCAUGAACGUCGUCCAGCGUCUCACCGGCAUCUCCUCCGCCGUCUUCCUCGAAUCCGGUAACGGCGGAGAUGUGUCUCCGGCGGCGAGACUCGCCUUGACGGAGAAUGCUAGCCCCAGAGGAGGAAAAGAACCGGUGAUGGCGGCUAAAGAUGAGACGGUGGAGAUCGCCACGGCUAUGGAAGAAGCAGCCGAGUUCAGCGGCUGUGCGCCGGGAAUACUCUCCCCUUCUCCGGCUAUGUUACCGGCAGCUUCUGCCGGAAUAUUCUCGCAGAUGACUACUCACCAAGGUGGGAUGUUCUCGCCGGGAUUGUUUUCGCCGGCGGGGUUAAUGAGCCCGUUUGGUUUUGCCAGCUUGGUUGCUUCUCCAACGUUUGCUGAUUUGUUCAGUCAUAUUUGGGAUUAGCUUUUGACACUCUGACAGUGAAGACUAGAAUAGCAAGUUCAGAAUGUAGGAAUGAAUUUUUAUACCCAGCCGAAAUAUAUUUCCUCCUCCAACAACGAUCGCAACCUAUGAAGAUCAAGACAGAGCAUCAUCCUUUCAGUAUAUAUGUCUAAAGCAUAAAAGAAAAAUCUCCGCCUCAUGUUUCUUGAGACAGCUCAAAUCUUAAUGCCUAAGCACUAAAAACUACUAACUGAAUCCAUAGUUACAGUAUCCAAAUCACAAAUAGGACAAAAAAGUGUUGGAGAAUAACCUCAAUGCCAAGGCGAGUCACUGCUGCAACCUCCCUUGCAAUAGACAUUUAAGUGGUGGUUCCGAUGCUCCAUCGAAGGAAGCCAUUCCAGGGAAUGGAAGAGGUACGGGAGAUAGAAGACGAGGUUGAAGUGAGGGGCAAGGGAGUAGCCAUUGCCGCAGAGAGUAGAGAAGAAGAGGAUUGAGAUCGAACAAGAAAUGUUUUCUAGAAGAGAAGCUGUCUCCGGCAAUAGAGGAGGGAUUUGAGUAUGUCUGCGAAGAUAAGGUCUGGUUCUUAUGUAAUUUGAACUGAUUGAUUAUUUGUCCUUCUCCCGCUUGAACAAUGUUUUGAUGGAAUUAAAUCAAACAUAAACUUUAACACAAGGCAUAUUCUGAGCACCACCGACAACCUUGUCAUCCAUUGUAUUUUUAGUCCUUAAAAUAUGUCUGAUAGCAAAGUUUAGGAACAAAUUUUUUUUCAUGUGAAUAGUGAAAGCUAUUCAUUGAUGUCAUUUUUUUUUUUUUUUUUUUUUGAUAACUCUGGUAUCUGGGCAGCCACAUUCCCAACUAUCCCCCGAAAGGGGUCCAGCGCCCCAACGGAAGGGAUGUUAAAUCCGUUGUGGCCAAGACUCGAACCCGGGUGGCGGGCAGUACAGCUGUACCUCCUUUACCACCAAGCUACGAGCGCUUGGUU